AUGCCUUCCCUCCCCUCCGCCAUCCCGCACGCAACAGCGGCAAACGGCAAAGCUGCAGGCCUGACGAGCUACUUCUCGAGCAAGAUUGAAGCGGCCGAGCAGCUCAUCCACACCAAGUCCCAGGACUUGCGGCGACUCGAGGCGCAGCGCAACGCACUCAAUGCCCGCGUUCGCCUCCUCCGCGAGGAGCUGCAGCUGCUGCAGGAGCCUGGUUCGUACGUCGGAGAGGUCGUCAAGGUCAUGGGAAAGAAGAAGGUGCUCGUCAAGGUGCAGCCAGAGGGCAAAUACGUCGUCGACUUUGCCAGCUACAUUGAUGUCGCCCAGCUCACGCCCAAUCUCCGCGUCGCCCUUCGCUCCGACUCUUACCAGCUCCACUCGAUCCUGCCGACAAAGCAGGACCCUCUUGUCGCGCUUAUGAUGGUCGAGAAGGUGCCCGACUCGACGUACGAGAUGGUCGGCGGCUUGGAUCAGCAGAUCAAGGAGAUCAAGGAGGUCAUCGAAUUGCCCGUCAAGCACCCCGAACUCUUCGACGCGCUCGGUAUCGCCCAGCCAAAGGGUGUCCUCCUCUACGGCCCGCCCGGAACCGGAAAGACGCUCCUCGCCCGUGCAGUCGCCCACCACACCGACUGCCGCUUCAUCCGUGUCAGCGGUUCCGAGCUCGUGCAGAAGUACAUCGGAGAAGGCUCGAGGAUGGUUCGCGAGCUGUUCGUCAUGGCCAGGGAGCACGCACCGUCAAUCAUUUUCAUGGACGAGAUCGACUCGAUCGGCUCGUCGCGCGGCGGGUCUGGCGGAGGAGGCGGAGACUCGGAGGUUCAGCGAACGAUGCUCGAGCUUCUCAACCAGCUUGACGGAUUCGAGGCGACGAAGAACAUCAAGGUCAUCAUGGCGACGAACCGUAUCGACAUCCUCGACCCGGCUCUUCUCCGUCCCGGUCGGAUAGACCGAAAGAUCGAGUUCCCUCCUCCUGGCCCCGAAGCUCGCGUCUCGAUCCUCCGCAUCCACUCGCGCAAGAUGUCCCUCCAGCGCGGCAUCAACCUCCGCGCGCUCGCCGAAAAGAUGGGCAACUGCUCGGGUGCCGAGGUGCGCGGUAUCUGUACCGAGGCGGGCAUGUACGCGUUGCGCGAGCGGAGGCAGCACGUCACGCAGGAGGACUUUGAGUUGGCUGUUGCCAAGGUGUUGAGGAAGGCGGGCGAGGGCAGCAUGUCGUCGACCAAGCUGUUCAACUAG